AUGGAUUCUACGGAUCCAAAUACUCAACCCUCCAAUUUUGUUGAUCUGUUGAACAGUCAACAAGACACUCCCUUUCCUUAUGCGAGUUUUUCACUCGAUGGGGAUAUCGGAUCAUCACAACUCCCUCUGUUCAGUACUCAAGCAACUGCAACGUCUAGCUUCUGUGAAGUCUCUCCUACACAGCGCAAAGAAAGAAAGAAAUGGAGUCUCUCGGAUGAUCUAGUGUUCAUUAGCACUUGGUUAAACACCAGCAAGGACCCUGUUGUGGAUUACUAUGGAGCUAGUCCAAAGGUGAAAAGAGGUGAUAAGCGAGAGCCCAUUCAGUGUAAGCAAAGGUGGCAGAAACUGAACGAUCUUGUUUGCAAGUUUUGUGGAUGCUAUGCGGCUGCAACAAGACAGAAAACAAGUGGUCAGAAUGAGGCUGAUACUGUUAAACUGGCACAAGAAAUCUUCUACAACGAUCAUAAGAUCAAAUUCAACCUUCACCAUGCGUGGGAGGAGUUGAGGAACGACCAGAAAUGGUGUGAAGCUGCUUGUAGCAAGAUUGAUGGAACCGGUAAGAAGAGAAAGUGUGAUGGUGGAGCACAAUCAGAAAGCUCUCAAGCAACUUCCUCUCUCGGUGAUCAAGCAUCUCCACGUCCUCAUGGAGUUAAGGCAGCGAAAGGAGCAACUGGAAAGAGAAGUAUACCAGAUCAGGAGGCAGGGAAAGGAGCAGCUCACUUUAAGACCAUGUGGUCUAUUAAGGAGAAAGAUUUGGCCGUUAAAGAGAGACUUAAGAAGAUGGGAUUGCUUGACAGUCUCAUCUCCAAAAAUGAGCCACUUUCUGAAUUUUAA